AUGGCUACUCUCGACUCCCUAAAGUGGGCUCUAAGGCAGACAGCCACGGUAACCGGGUUGUCCUCGAAGCAGCAGUUGUCUGACACAGAGUAUAGCGCCGGCUUCGAUAUAUUGGCGCGGGGAUCAGGAUGGAAAACAUACCAAGACUUCAUUAUUCCUCAGCUCUCUCAUCUACUAAACCCACUCUUCAACUCGCGUACCCGUGUCUCAGCGCUAGAAAUCGGGCCAGGCCCGAGGAGCGUAUUUGGAUAUCUGCCCAUCAGUCUGAGACGGAAGGUCAAAAGAUAUACUGCUUUCGAGCCUAGCGGCUUGUUUGCUACAAGGCUGGAAGAAUGGCUUUGCUCUACCCCUGAAGUGGAAUCCCCGUUUCCCUGUCUACAAGGACCGCCCAACAUCAAACGAGUUCCAUUCGUUCCGGCAAACAAUGUAGGGAGUGAUCCUGGUAUCAGUACAAGUGGCGACGAUGAAAAAUACGACGUCAUCCUUUUCUGCCACAGUAUGUAUAGCAUGAAGCCCAAACGCAGGUUCAUUGAACGGGCGUUGGAAAUGCUUGUUGAGCGACCACAGGGCGCAAUGGUAGCAAUGUUCCAUCGGGACGGAACCCUGCAUUUCGACGGGUUGGUGUGCCAUCGAACAGCUUCCUUCCCUACCGGAGUCGUUCAUAUAGCAAAUGACGACCAGGUACUGGACUGUUUUGCUCCUUUCAUUGCCGGGUUUGUCACACAUGAUGUCGACGUGGACAAGGCUGUCCGAACUGAGUGGCGUAGAGUUUGUCGCGCCUUAGGUCAUCACGAGGAAACCCACCCAGACCAUCUCUAUUUCAGCUCUCCCGAGAUCAUGGUGUCUUUCACCCAGCAGGCGACCACAUUGCCGGAGCUGACGACCCAGGUGCCACUAUCAACGGGGAACACGACAAUCAAAAACCGGGAGGCUCGCCUCCAUCGCCCUGCCUCAGUUGUAAGGCCGACAGAGGUCCGACAUAUUCAGCAUUGCGUUCGAUGGGCUUUGCAGCGAGGUUUCGGCCUGAUUGUCGUUGGCGGUGGUCACAGCGACCACUGUCUCUGGCCCAACGUUAUCUCGGUCGAUAUGGGCGCCUUUGACCAAGUACACAUUGUCACAGAAAGGAACGAUGACGAGGAUUCCGAGCCCUUAGUCAUCGCUGAGGCCGGCUGCAGGACGGGAGAUAUCAUCCGCCAGACAAUGGCGGCGGGCUUGACAGUACCUCUAGGGGCUCGUCCAAGUGUCGGCUCCGGCCUGUGGUUGCAAGGGGGCAUUGGGCAUCUGGCUAGACUGCACGGACUCGGGUGCGACGCCAUUGUCGGCGCGGUUGUGGUCAGCGUCAAGUCCGGAGAGGUCCUCUACAUCGGCCGUGUACCAAACCAACAACGACCAGUCGGUGCCGUUCGCCCCGAGAAUGAAUCCGAUUGGCUAUGGGCCAUCAAAGGAGCUGGGACCAACUUCGGUAUUGUGGUCAGUGUGGUCUUCAAGGCUUUCCCGGCUCCAACGUUCCUCGUUCAAAACUGGGUCGUUCCGCUGACCGACAACAUCGAAGCGGGACUCAAGCUUGGCGAUUUUGAUCUUGUUGCUAAGGAGCUUCCCUGGAACUGUGCUGCAGAUGCAUAUCUGUACCGUGACAAGGAUCAGCUGCAUCUUGGUGUGACCAUGCUCGAAUCUUCCACGCCUCCGCGCGCCUCUGCAAUGCGCACACCCAGGCAUAUAGGUGCAAUCUGGGGUCCAUCGGAUUCAAAGGCUGUGGAUUGCGUCGGUUUGUUCGAGACUGAGAUGUACGUGUCCGGGAUGCACGGCGGGCAUGGCAGCGGUCGGACCUCCUCUUUCAAGCGGUGUUUGUUCUUGAAAUGCAUUGGUACCGCGAAUGUUGCCGAACGCUUAAUAGCGGCCGUCGCAAGUUGUCCCUCACCACUCUCCUAUCUCCAUCUACUGCAAGGUGGCGGUGCGGUCAGCGACGUUGUGACCGAUGCGACUGCUUUUGGCUGUCGAGACUGGGAUUUCGCCUGUGUGAUAACCGGUGUCUGGUCCCGCGACCAAGAUGGCACCGAAAUCGCACGAUCUACUAUACGAUGGGUUUACAGUGUCGCCGGAGACUUGUUAUCCUUGAGUAGUGGAGCGUACGGCGCCGACCUCGGACCAGAUCCCAGAGACGCUGCGCUAGCAGCCAAAGCUUUUGGACAGAACCGGCCACGUCUGGCCCGUCUCAAACAUAGCUUGGAUCCGCGCAGGGUGCUGGCCUACAGCUGUCCGCUACCAGAAGUGCCGAUGGAACCGAAGCUCAUCAUUCUUGUCACAGGCGAAAGCUGCGCGGGCAAGGACUAUUGUGCCGAUGUCUGGACCUCCACACUAAUCGCUUGCACUCAGAAAAAUAUCACUGCACGUGCAGUCAGCAUUAGCGACGCAACGAAGCGAGAAUACACGGCAGCUACCGGUGCGGACUUGAGCCGCCUGCUCCGGGACCGUGCCUACAAGGAGCAACAUCGGCCAGCGUUAACGAAAUUUUGGCAGGGACAGGCACAACAGCACCUUCGGCUGCCAGAGAGCCAUUUCCUGAACGCGGUGUAUGGCGCCGUAGAUGAAGACGUGCUACUAAUCACGGGAAUGAGAGACGAGGCGCCGGUCGCAGUCUUAUCGCAUUUAGUGCCAGACAGUAAGCUGAUCGAGGUUCGCGUCCAAGCUAAUGAACAGACGCGGCUGAUUCGCCGCGGAUCCUGCGAUGGUGAUGACCGUGACGAAUACAAGGGUAUGUACAAUGAGAGGUCCGAUUUAACAGCAUUAGACUCCCGUCCUAGUCUCAUCUUUCACAAUGACGCGACUGGAAACGAGGCAGCAAAAGCUUUUGCUAAGAAGUACCUGCUGCUCUUCCUCCAUGAGGACCUGCGGCGACUGGCCAAUAUGGUGCGGCUCGUACCCGACUUCCCACGCUCGGAUAUCGAGUUUCGCCACGUGCUCGACAUCUCCCAGCAGCCAGGUGGGCUGGCUCUGUGCACGACUCUGUUCCAAACGCACUUCGCCGGCGAAUGGGCCAAAGUCGACGCGGUGGUGUGUUGCGAGGCUGCGGGCUUUGUCUAUGCCUCUGCAUUGGCCUCGCGGAUCGAUGUUCCCCUGGUGUUGAUUCGCGAAGCCGGCAAGCUUCCCCCACCCACUCUUUCUGUCAUCAAAUAUCCGUCGCAUAUCUCGUCUUUGGCACCCAACGGUUCGAACAAGGAGCGAAUCGAGAUGGAGCAGGACGUGAUCCCCAAGGGUGCGUCGGUGGUGGUGGUGGACGAUGUGCUUUCCACAGGGCAGACGCUUUGUGCGGUACUGCAGCUACUAGAUGAAGCUGGUGCCAGCGUCGAAGAUGUCAGUGUCAUGGUCUUGGCCGAGUUCCCGGUUCACCGGGGCCGGGAACUAUUGCGCCAGCGUGGAUAUGGCAGAAUCGAUAUUCAAAGUCUUCUAGUCUUUGGAGGAGUCUAG